AUGGCGACAGGACGUAAACAGUGUCUGAUUUAGGAACCACAUUACGCUUUCACCGUGACGAUUGACGGUUGUAUGUAUUCUACCGACUGGACUGUUGCCAGAAAGCUGUCUAAAACGUAUGUCUUUACGUUAAACGUCCUCAGACUUUCCUCUGAAAUAUAAAUUCCCACCAGACUUUCUCAAAGGGUCAAGAGCAGUGAAACAAAUGGCAGCAGCAAAAGCAGUUAUUUCCAGAGUGCGGGCGGUGAGGACAUCAAAACGUGCUUACAAAUCAUCCCCGGCUUCCUCUCAGAACUUGAUGGAAAGGAUGCCUUCUGAGGUUCUAAUUAAGAUUCUGUCAUACCUGGAUGCUGGCGCUCUUUUCAGCAUGAGCUACGUCAACAAGUUCUUCAAUCAACUUGCCAAUGAUAAUGCCCUGUGGAGUGACAUAUUCAUAAGAGAAUUUGGCAAAAAUAAAAAGUGGAUGCCCAAAUCCGUGGAUGACUUGUCGACGAAGGAUUCCACGAUGGAGGUGCAGGAGAAGGCCGCAGGAUACUGGAAGCAGCAAUACUUCAAGACUGUAGCUGCAUAUGUAAUGAAGAAGUGGAAAAGACAUCUCGGGGUCAUCAGCCGUCACACGGGGCUGCCCAGUCAAACAGAGCGGGUCCUCAGAAACUUGUGCGUCACCUGGGAGCUGACAGUGUCUGAUGAGUCAGGGCAUGAUAGUACAUUUGAGCAGAGCUGGUCCCAGUUCUCUGAAACUUGUGUGUUUCUGUGCUGGGGAGGAGGCUGUUUGCCCAACUACCAGCAGAUUUCUACUCUUCAGCUCCACGGUGUCAGGAGGAUAGCUCUCAACUGCUCCAGCCUAAACAAACCAGGCUGGAGGUCCCUCAUGAUGAAUUUAGACAUGGAUGCUGUAACUAAAAAUGCACAGGUCAUUGGUCAGGACAGACUAGUUCAACUCAUACUGUUACAGCCUGGAGUCACUGUUGGCGUAUGGGAGGAUCAGGACUCUGUUGCUUUUGUCAUGUUCACUCUUCACUUCCACAGGCUGGUGGAAAAAAGCAUUCAGGGAUCCUCAGUUUGUUCUUAUGUGGAGCCUCUGGUCAAACCUCCUUUUGAUGACAUAGACCCAGAAUAUGGUCUCCAUGGUUACCAUCUACACAUCACUCUACACAACAUCUCAUGCGAGAUUAUGUCUAGAAGCUUCUCCCAGCUAUUCUGUCGGAGAGCUCAGAUCUGUGAUGGACUGAUCCAGCUGACUGCCAUUAGCAGAACAAACUUGUCUCAACACACACCUCUGUCAGGCCGCAUCACACUUCCCUGGAGGUGUGAGGCCCUGCAGGGCACAGUAGAGAAUUGUUGCAUCAUGAGUCUGACACUUCUUGAUGAAUUUGAGAAACCCUUCUGGUGUGUCAGCUCUCCAGUUUCCAUGAAGAUAGAAAAAUCUGAUGUCUCCUAUGACUAUGACAGUGAGCAGUUCCUCAUCCACUACAAGGAUACAGAUGGCCAGGUGAAGAUGGAUGUCGUACAUAUGAAGGAACAGAGGCAAUUUGUCCUCAUUAACUUAGAUGUUUAUGUUGCAACUUGUAAAGUCAACAACCAUUUUGGUAGAAAUUAUUGAACCUGCAGGAUUAUUACUCUGUUAUCUGAAAAACUACUGAAACAUAAUACUGAGUUUCCAGUAUUAAAGCUCGGUAAAGUAUUAAAACUCCUGAAUUGAAUG